UGGUAGCGAAACAAUAUUACAGGGUUUUCAAUGAUAUUAUUGACAUGUUCAGCGAGUUGUUGAUUCGUUCGGGCAUAUAAUUGACACUUUCAGCGAGAUAUUGAAUUGUUCGUAAGCAGGCGUUGACAUGUUCAGCGAUUCUGUAGUGCUGUCAUUUGUUUUGUUUACACACUGUGCCGCAGGGUUCAAUUUUCUAUUCUUAGAAGUCCUAAAAGUAGCUAAUAAUCAUUCCCCAAGCUGUUUAAUACAUGAAUUAGUUAAAACAAACAUAUUUUUACGAAAACCGUUUGUUUACUUUCUGAUGAGAAUGAUCCAAGCUGCAGUCCAAGGGGUACGAAAGUGACAGCUCUAUAGUAUCGCCGAACUUGUCAACGCCUGCUUCCGAACGAUUCAAUAUCUCGCUGAAAGUGUCAAUUAUAUGCCCGAACGAAUCAACAACUCACUGAACACGUCAAUAAUAUCAUUGAAAACCCUGUAUUGUUCACCGUACCGUUUGUCCGUGCAGUUCGCAGCCGUGCCCAGUGUCACCAUUGUUUCCACUCGCCAGCAACAAAGGGAGAAAAAGUGCAAUGUUGUGAAUGAAAAUCAUCUGCAAUCGGUGUGAGGAAGUGAGCGGAUCGAGAAAAAAGAAAGGAGUUGCGCUCCCCCGCGCCCCCGUCAACCGACCAACCCAAGACCAGCGGUUGCAUCGCGCCACAACACUGUGCAGUUGGGAAGGUGGAACAGUGGAUCCAAGUUGCAUCACCGUGGCCGUUCGGUUUGGUGUGCCUGCUGUCUGUGUUAAGAUCGCCCGUACCUUUAGAAGCCAGUAGAAGCGAUGGAGGAUUACAAAUUUCUGUUCAAAGUCGUCCUGGUGGGCAACGCGGGCGUCGGCAAAACGUGCCUGGUGCGAAGGUUCACCCAGGGGCUCUUCCCGCCCGGCCAGGGUGCCACGAUCGGGGUGGACUUUAUGAUCAAAACGGUCGAGGUGGACAAUCAGAAGAUUAAGCUACAGAUCUGGGACACGGCCGGCCAGGAGCGGUUUCGUUCGAUCACGCAAAGCUACUAUCGAUCCGCGUCCGCCCUCAUACUAGUGUACGACAUUAGCUGCCAGCCCACGUUCGACUGUCUGCCCGACUGGUUGCGCGAAAUACAGGAGCACGCAAAUUCGAAAGUGUUAAAAAUUCUCGUCGGCAACAAGACGGACCGGGACGAUCGGGAGAUACCGCAGGAGGUCGGGGCCGAGUUUGCGAAACAGCACGGCAUGUACUUCCUCGAAACGUCCGCCAAGCAGGCGGACAAUGUGGAACGGCUGUUUUACGACAUUGCGGCAGUACUGAUUGAGCAAGCCCGCACGAAAGAGUUUACGCUGCGCAGUGAAACGAGCGUCCUGACGAAUCUCUCCCAAAAGACGAUCUACCAUCCGAGCUGCUGCAGCAUCGGCGAUCGGAACCACGCGCGCAGCAGUAGCACCAGCGACGCACACUACUCGGACAGCUCCGGGCCGGGCAGCAUCGGCAGCAAUAGUGGUAAUUUUAUCACCCAGCAGUAAGCGCUUGCAGUGAACGAAAAACAACAGCAAAGCAGAAAAAACAAGCAAAGCUACCUUGAGAAGCCCAGGACAGGGGGGGGGGGAACGAUUCUGCUCCCCUUUUUGCUGCCCGGUGUGCAAUAUCCGUCGGGAAGCUGUAUGUGUGUAUGUGUGUGUGUGGGAAGGUUCGAAUCAGCACAGCACCCGCAUUGGGAAAUAUUACAAGGGAGUUUCAAGGAGUUCUCAAAAUUUUGGGACAUGUUGCUGACUCUUUAUUGCGGGACGUUUAACUCCAAUCCAAUAGGAAUUUCCAAUGUUGCUGUUCUAAAAGCAUUUUAGAAAAGGCUACAUGGAAAUUCCUAUUGGAUUCACUAACGUCACAGUUCACUUCCUAUAAGAAAGUAUCAAAGAAGUGUUCCGAAAUUUUGAGAACCCCUUGAAAAACUCUGUAAUCAUGCGCACAAACAGACAAAUACAACCACUCACACACACACACACACACACACACACACAAAAGACAUGAGAUUUUUCAAUGGUACCAAAAAGCAACUACCAAUAAAGGAAACCGUUUCGCGUGUGCUUCUAAGCUCAGCUAAAGUGAAGCGACACCGAAAACCCAACCGUGGCUGGGAACUAAGGGGCUUUGCGCAAUGAAGGGAACCGGCGGGUCGUUGAUAUAAGAUGUAAGGUUUUAGACUAUGUUCCUGUGUUAAUUUUAGCGAUAAAAUAAAUGAAUUUACAGAAAAAAGAUUUCUUUCCGCUGGUUUCUUUCCGCAAGCGUAGAAAAGAACGUCAACUCACGCGGAUAGUAAGUACUAUUCUUAUAUCUUACAGUACAUGCUUGUUCCAUGCAACAACAGUAAUGAGCUAUAACAGUGCUACACUAACUAACUAACAGCGCUUGCGAGUACUAUUUCAUUUAAAACGUUAAAACAAAGUAAUAAUGUAAGAGAGGGAUCGUUAUCCCCGUCAAAACAAAAAAAAAAAAAGACGCGC